AUGUUGAGCACACCUGCGACAAAACCCUCCAUUGUCAACAUCGGUGUAUCGGCAUUUGUGUCGAGGGACAUCAAUGCGCCUGCACAAAUCCCUGUCGUCAAAGCUGCAAACACAGUAUCUGCAAUGCGGGUUGUGCAACCCCGUGCACUCCUUGUGCCGAGAAUUGCGCCUGGAAUUGUGAUCAUCAGCGAUGUGAAGCUCCUUGUGGCUCGCCUUGCACGCGACUUCCUUGUGACAUUCGUUGUAGUCGCAUGCUUCGAUGUGGACAUGCUUGCCCUUCUCUUUGUGGCGAACCAUGCGAAGAUCAAGUAUGCCCCGACACAAGCCGUGGACCUCGUCUUGUUCACGACAUUGAAAGACGUGAAUCCUACUGAUCCGGGGCUGGACAAUAUCCUCAUCACCCUUCCUUGCAAGCACAUCUUCACCGUUGAGACCUUGGACGGGAUCACGGGUCUCAAGGACUAUUACGAACGAAGGGAAGACAAAUGGGUCCGUCCUACCCUUCCUCCGCCCGGCACCAUCCUGUCUCCAACUUGCCCAACUUGCAAAGGAGAAUUUGUUUCUCCUCGCUAUGGGCGGGUUCUCAAACGCUGCAAUCUCGAUCUUUUGGAACGGACAGUGGCGGCGAAUUCCUCUGCAAGGAUCCAUCGGCUUCUAGAACAAGUUGAUGCAUUGAAUGUAUCUCACCUCGAGAGCCAAAUUAUCGCACGACUAUCUCCUUUAGCAUCAUCAGAGCAGAAUCCCGCCAAAGCCUUGGAGAUUAGUGGGAUGUAUCGCGACAAACUUGAAUCUUCGAACCAGCAUCCAUUUAGGUUCAGCGACUUCUUUGGCGGAACUUUGAUCAAUUCCUAUGGGUUGCAACCGGCUCACGGGUCACGCUGGGACUCUGUCUUGGCGCAACUUCGACUGCAUUAUAUAGAAUCAUACUCCAUUGCGACACAACGGUCAGCCCAUACGAAGGCGUAUGAGGCGACACUUUCAAAGCUAUACCAGAAGGAGCAUGAGCUUCUCCAGUCUAGUCCCAAUCUCAACGAAGACAGCAAGCGUCGAUUGGCUCUUCAGACCGCCAGAGUCAAGAUCGGAACGCCUCCACCGCAAUCCGAUAAACGAUUCGCCAUCGAAAGCAUCUGGCUUUCUGUGGAUAUCCGGCUAAUAAUGGGCAAAGUGGCAAUCGCGUUGCAACAUCACGUCGCCAAGGAAGAGCGAGAGAGUCAAAACUUUCUCAGCCGUGUGUGGGGGCUACUGAGUUCCCAGCCGGACAAGCCAAAGUACUCAAAGACCGUGUCCGACUUUGUCGCCUUCAUCUACCAGACCUGCGUUAUCGAUGCAAAGCUGGCGAGGGAGCUUGCGGUUAGGUCUGGGGCUCAUAAACAAGUUCUAUUAUCAGAGCUAAAGUUGCUUCGAGUGGAGCUAGAGGAGUUCAAUUCGCGUGUGCGAUUACUUGAUGGCGAGUCCACUGAGACGGUCAUACAAGCGCGUCGCUUGUUGGCGGACGAGGCGAAGCAGUCCCACCAUAAAACGUCUAUCACCAUGGCGCAGGCGACAACCACGUAUUACAAGGCAAAGAAGAUUCAAUCUACCAGCGAGGAACCUUGGGUGAAGGAGAAUUUCACAAAGACUGUUCAGGAGAUCCUGGGACGCUGGGAGGAUGCUUACAAGACACUUGCGCGUGGGACUUUCUAUCAACCAGUGAGUGUGGAAGAGAAGCGACAGAUACAACAAGCAUUUGGGUUUACUCACCGAGGGCAUUGGUUCAUUUGCCCAAAUGGCCAUACAUUUGUUAUUGGGGAGUGCGGAGGUGCGAUGCAGGUUGGAAGGUGCAACGAAUGUGGGGCACCUAUAGGGGGAACUCAGCAUCAGCUUCUAGGCACCAACUCUCGGAACAGAGAGUUUGAGGCGAUUGCUCGAGACCAAGGCGUUGAGCAAAGUCCUUUUGACUGGGCCAACGAUGCAUAA